AUUAUAUCGAUUUUUAACUCUACGAUUAUCUUAACAGCUAUAAUAAAUGAACAAUCAGGUUAAUACAAGUCGUACAACACUUAAACUCUCACGAAAUACUACACUUUUACAUCCUAAAUUUGAAUCUUAUAAACUAAGAAAUGAUGAGGAAAUAUUAUCUUUUUAUCGCUUAAAUAUAUCUCAUAAACUUGCAAAAUUACAGAUACCAUCUUAUGCAAAAAUUGGGUAUUAUGAAUGGAAAGCACGUUUAGCAAGAAAUCAUUUAAGACCAAGUGUUAAACCAUGUUCUGCACUAUAUAUUUCAGAGGAUGGUGUAUUUGUAGAGCUUUUUAUGGAAAAAAAAGAGAAUGAUAUAGUUUUAAAGGAAAGAAUUAUUACAAGUAUUGAUAUGCCAAAAAUUGAAUGUAGAGGAGAAAGUUAUGAUGAUAUUUAUCCAUAUUUUCCAGAUUUAAAAUCAUUAACAGAAACAUUAAUAUUGGCUACAGAUGGUGCAGGGAAAUUCUAUUUUAUUGAUUCAUCAAGCGAUCCUGCACAGGUGGAUAUGGCAGUUUUUUCAACAGAAGAUCUUGAAUUUCAUCCUUUUAUCAUUUUAGAUGCCAUUUUCCAUUCAAAUAUAAAGAUACAAGUUUUGAUUGCUCAUUUAAAUGGAAAAAAGGAAAAAACAGAUGCAAAAUCAAAGAGAUACUUAAUAAAAAAUAUUAUGUGCGAAAAGGUGUCUACAUCAUGGGAAUUAUCUGUUUUAAAUGUCUAUUUUUCUAAGGAAAUACCUAUUUAUUCUCAGUUUUUAGGGGAAACACUGAUUGAUCAAACUAUCAUUCUAGGUGUUCAGGAUAGAAUUCAAAAUAACCUUCAAAAGGAAUGUGAAACUUUGACAGAAUAUAAUGGGGAAUCACAUUAUACUUGGAUUCAAACUUCUGAAGAUAUUCGUUUAUUUUUAACAAUAUCUCCAACAACUGUUAAACAAGAUAUUUCGAUUAAAUUCUCUCUUGAUCAAUUGGAAGGCUUUAGUGAGAAUAAUGGGCUUAAGUAUAUACUAAAUUCUAAAUUUUAUUAUACAAUUAUUCCUUCAGAAUCGACAUGGACACUUUCAAAAACUCCUCUUUUUCCUGAACAAAUUCUUGAAAUUUGCAUGAAAAAAGAAAAUGCUGGACUUAAAUGGCCUCAUGUUUUUAAAAAUAAAGACAAUGCAUUAGAAUUAGAGAAUUUAUCCGAUAGAACAAUAGUAUUAAAAAAUCUUUUAUCUUUAAAGUCUCAACCAAUAUCAAAAACCAAAUUAAGCGAUGAUUACAUCAUAGAUUAUGAAGAUUCGGAAACUUACUUUCUGCAACAAUUUAAAGAAGAUGUCUGUAUUGCUGAGAUCAACGGAUUAACCAUUAUUGGAAGUCAAUUUACAAAUGAAAAAAACAAAAAUUCCUGUAUAGCAGUAAAAUAUGAUGUUGAUGCAUUAAUUUAUAAUAUCAAAAGCUCCAAUGAGACUUCAUUGAUGGAUUUGGUACAUUCUUAUACAUUUCCUGCAUUAUCAUAUAUAUCUUCAUCUAAAAUAUCAAAAAAAUAUUUAAAAUAUAGCUAUACUGGCAAAUUUGCAAUUAUUGUUGAAUCUGGUGCCUAUAGAAAAGGUCUUUGUAAUAGUCAAAAUCUAUAUUUAUAUUGGAAUGUUGUCAAUAAUCAAGUUAAUAGUUAUCAAAGUGUCAUAAAAAUACAAAUGGAAGCAUUAGGAUUAUGUCAGAUUGGUGAUCAUGAAAUAAUAAUCCUGGGUGAAAAUGAGGAAAAACCUGUUGCUCUUUUAAUAACUAAUCUAUAAAUAUUUAAACAAAUAUUUUGGUUUUUUAACUCUAUAAAAUUUUGGA